UCCCUUCGGUGUGGGCUUCUUUGCGGCUGCGAGCGAUGGUCAGGUCCGGAGCCCGGCCGCGCCAGGUGUUAUCUUCAGGAAGACCCCCUGGACCUGCUAAACUAAGUGGAAAGAAAGGGUCCCAAUUAAGAAAAGUGUCACGUUUUAACGCAGAUUCUGGUAAUCCUGUUCUUUCGGAUUCAGAGAGUCAGGUGGAAACCGUGCAGGGGCUGGAUGGUUGUGCAUCUUUGCUGCGGGAUAUUUUAAGAAAUGAAGAUUCAGGUUCAGAAACAGCACGUUUAAAAAAUAGAUGCAAAUUCAAUCCCAGAACUACAGAGGGCCAAAGAUAUGGAUCUAAAAAGAAAGGACCCGAAAAACACACAGUUGUGUCUGCUGUGUGGAAAGAUAUUUUAUCUUCAGAUAAUAAGCAUCCGCUAUCUAAUGAAGCUUCUGCUAGAAAUGAAAAAGACUCAUCAGACGUAGCACGGAAUCAGUCAUUACAAGAUCAUUACAGAAUGCACUCACCCAUAAUCUACCAAGCCCUCUGUGAGCAUGUGCAGACUCAGAUGUCACUGAUGAAUGGCUCCGCUCCAAAGAACGGCCCUAAUGGAACUGCUGAAUCCCAGGCAACUCCACGUUCUAGUUAUGGCUUAUCCACCUCCACCCCCGUCCUGUCACCUCAGCCGCCACCCUGCCCUCCAAUGGUUCAUUCUGAAGUGCAGACUGAGAGUGAUGGCCAGUUUGCAUCAGAAGGCGGAACGGCUUCUGUGACGUCUGAUGUUCUAAGGAAUUCCUUCAAUACUAGUCCCAGGACUCCAUGCAGCAUGCCCAGGCCUGAUCCACUUGUGAUCCCAGGCUAUCAGCACCUGGGUCAUGCUAACGGAUUUCUGCCACAACCAGCAAUUUCUAAGGAAGCAGACCUACUCAAAUGUUUCCAGACAUAUAUGUCUCUGUUGCAUUCUCAUGGAAAAGAAACUCAUCUGGACAGUCAGGCACAACAAAGCCCCAAGCGAUGCAAGCCAGCCUUCUUGGCCACUCAAGAAGAAACCUGUGUCAGGGAGCACAUUGGAGAGGACGUCAGGGAGAGCAAGGAUUUGAACGCACGCGUGCGAGAGGCAAAAGCUGUCAAGGGCACACAGAAGGCGAAAAACGUCAACCAGACUACGGAGCGAGUUCGAACGAUCAAGUAUUUGUUGGGAGAGCUCAAGGCCCUGGCAGCUGACCAAGGGGAUUCAGAAAUUCACAGGUUGGUUUCCGAAGUGGAGGCGUGCAUAUUACUGCUUCCAGCAGUCAGUGGAAACACAAACAUUCAAGUUGAAAUAGCACUGGCCAUGCAGCCACUAAGAAGUGAAAAUGCUCAGUUACGUCGGCAAGUGAGAAUGUUGAACCAGCAACUGAGAGAACGAGGAAAAACUCAGAGGACAUCUGCUUCUCUGGAAUGCAGCCUCCUUAAACUGUUUUCUCUUCAAUCAUUGAACGCGUCACUGCAAAAUCAGCUGCAAGAGUCACUGCAGAGCCAGGAGUUCCUACAGCGCAAAAACGAAGAGCUCUUGAACGUGAUUGAAAACCAGACAGGUGAAAACAAAAAAUUUGCCACUAUAUUCAAAGAGAAAGAUCAAACUAUACUUGAAAAUAAGCAGCAAUUUGACAUCGAGACAACCAGGAUGAAAAUCGAAUUGGAGGAGGCUCAAGUCAAUUUGAAAAGUUCCCAGUUUAAAUUAGAAGCUACUGAAAAGGAAAAUCAGAUAUUGGGAAUAACAUUACGUCAGCGUGAUGCCGAGGUAGCUCAACUGCGAGAAUUAACCAGAACUUUACAGAGCAGUAUGGCAAAGCUUCUCUCAGAUCUUAGUAUGGACAGUGCUCGCUGCAAGCCUGGAAAUAACCUUACCAAGUCACUUCUGAACAUCUAUGAAAAACAGCUUCAACGUGACCCAAGCCCCACCCUCACUUCUGUAAUGAGCUACCUAAAUAAGUUAGAAACAAAUCACAACUUUGCACACUCAGAGCACCAUCCUGCCAUCAAACACGAGGAGAGCAUGGAGCCAGACAGACCCUAUGAAAAUGCUUUUCCUGCCGAAGCCUCUCCGCUCAGUAACACUAAGAACGUGGAGGCAGUGCCAGCCCCUGGAGCUGUUUCUGCCAUUUGGAACGAGGGUGCCGAUGAGGAGAGCGAGACCAAGACUUUAGUUGAAGACGGGUCCAAUUUAGAUGAGACGAUUUACAUCCCUUUUGUUAGAAGCACUCCUCAGGAGAAAUCACCACUCUCUGGGAGACGAGCUCCCCAGCCGCAGCUCUGUGUAGCCGCCCCGCAGCAACUCAGCAACAGUGGGCUUCUCUCCGAAAAGGAGAAUAAACUGUGUGCAUCCCUGGCUUGUUCCUCUCCAAAAGCGGAUGCCGAAGAUGUGCCUGAAAAGCUUUCCAGAAUAGCCGACAUGGAAGACAGGCAGCUCCUCAAGAAGAUACAGGAAGCCAUCGGUAAGAUCCCUGCUGUAACUGAGCCGUCACCGGAGCAGGCUGCAUAUAAUGGUCCCGCAGCUUCUCAGAGCAGAAACCUGGAGAGGAAAGGCAAUACUGUCUCUGAUGGCAGUGUUUUGAAUUCUGACUUGAUGUCUGAUUGGAGUCUGUCUUCUUUUUCAACCUAUACUUCUCGUGAUGAGCAAGACUUCAGAAAUGGCCUUGCAGCCUUGGAUGCCAACAUCGCUCGACUCCAGAAAUCCUUAAGGACUGGUCUUCUAGAGAAAUGAAGGCAACAAAGGAGAAAAGUCACUGAGUGCUAUUUUGUUUUGUUUUUAAGUAACAGAGCUAGGCUACUUUGAAUGUAUGUGUUUUCUUUAGAGAAAUGUAUUUUAUAUAAUUAUGUGCAAAAUAAUAAAUUGUGUGAGUAAUAAAUUUAUUAUUGGACUAUAUUGGCGCUGUGUGACUUAUAAAAGCAAGUCAUCUUAAGAGCUAGCUGUUUCCUAAGAGGAGAAAAUUGUAUAUAACUAGGAAAGGAUUGUAAGUAAUCGUUUGUUACUUAGGUGUAUGUAUAUGCAUUGUAUGUUAAUACUCCCCUGCUGGGGUAAAGUGCAGAUGGAAAGGACUGUCUGUUGUUGUAAGUGAUGUUUGGAAAAGUGUCUAAGGACAACUUACUUUAUUCAGAUGAGUUUAUUUUCUCUUGCACAACUCUGUCUGUUUGCUUAAUGCCAUUAUGUUUUUAUCUGAGUUGUUCUGUGCUACAAGUUAAUAUUGGUGAGCUGUAUAAAUAUUUCUUUUAAGAGAAAAGGUACCAGUAUCUCCGUCUCUUAAAGGCACCGAUUGGUCCGAGAAAAUAUGGCUCGCUUCCUAGGCUAGCAUGAAUGCAUGUUUAAUGCCUUUUGAAAACAGGAGAAGGUCAGACUGAGAUAAAAAGUGCCGUAACAGGGAACUUUUAGUUUUGGAAGUUGGUUUUUCAUAAAUGUUUGCUACAGAAUGGACUCGGUGGCAGCGAGUAUCUGUACUUGGACACGGUGGUGGUUCUAAAUCGUGGCAAUAGCUUUAGUUCUGCCUUUUGGAACCAAUUGCUUUUCUUUAAUAGUUUAGCUGAGAAUCUAUUCCAUAACAUGAACUAGGUUGAUCUUUUUGCCUUUCUAUACCAGCAUGUCUUCACUACUCAGUGUCACCUCCCUCCAUUCAACAGUCGCACUUUCAGUUCAUACAUGAACAGUUCAUACAUGCACAUAUCAUUUCCCAAACAAAACAUGUUUCAACAUUCCUCUGUCAUCAGUGGAUGGCUGCAAGAAGCUUCUCUCAGAAAUACACUUGUCUCGGUCUCAUUCACAUCCUUCAAAAACAGGUAUAGUCAAAGCAGUGGUUUCCUUGUCACCUAAGAGUAACUGUUGGUCUCUGCCGGAGGAAAGAAAAGUGACACAAGGCAAAAUGCAUGCCAACAACCGGUUGAGUGAACUGAGGGACCACACGGACAUCAGUGUCCAUGGCCCUGAGACCAGACUUAGAUUUUUCUCAGCUACCACGACCAGCUGCUGGGAAAGGGAACACAUUAGACGGUCUUGGAUAGAGUGGGAGACAGACGUAGAACAAAACUCACAGUCUUAAAAAUGACUGGUUAGAGACUGGUGGAACCUUUGAAACUAUGGCUCUGGUCAUCUUUCCGGUCUGGAAAGGAACUCAGACUCGUGGCUCGAUUUUCAGUAGACAGGUCUAUAAUAAUAAUUGUGAGGUGCACACACCUUAGAAGGAUUCACUUUCUGAGAUCAAAAGGCCAGCAUUUGCCCAAGGGCAAAGGUGGAGGGAUGGAAGCAAGAAGAGUAAAGGUGAUAGAUAGUACACUGUGCAGACUGCAGCCAGUGAGAUGAAACAAAAUGUAUAUUGAAUUGUCUGCUAUAUUCUUUACCCAAUUAAUAAUAAGCUAAAAAAAUAAUAAAAGCUCUUGUUUGCUCUUUAAAAAAUGGUAGCUUCUAGGGGUCUGUAAAACUCAAGACAAAAAGGUCAGCUCAGAAAGUUAUAUUUUCCCAAAGGACACAGGAUGAUCAUGUCGGAUAUUAGAAAGAAGUUUUUAAGAAAACUGCAUUGUUAUGGAAUGAUGGAUUGUUAUAAGAUUUGUAAGAGCC